GCCAGUGCAGGAGUAGAAAAUAGACUCAUUAAAUUUGUUAAAUAACAAAGCCAUAUUUAUCGGAGAAUUUGUCAUUUGAUAUUAUACGUCGUUUGUACGAAACAUUAUAAAUAAUCGAAUAAUAAAAGUAUAAAUCUUUGGCAGAAUUCACAGAAUACAAACAUGAAUAAAAGCAUAGAUGCUUUAUCAGAAGAGAUUGACGAGUUGCUGCUACAUAAGUUAGAGUUAAUAGAGGAAAAGAUUCGUGGAAAUAUUCAAAUGGAAAUAUUACUGAAGGAUGGUUACAUUGAGUUGGCGAAAGCAAAGUAUAUUCGUGGGAAGCAGAACAUUGGUAUUCUGCAAGUUCCAAGUAAUACAGAUACCAUGAUAUCCUUGUUUGACUUGGAAACUAAAGUAACAAAUGAAAAUGAUAAUACAGUGCAGUAUUUUGAUAUUAGUUUAAAAAAAUCAAAUAAUGAAAGUGAUAGUCCAGGGGAUCCUAUAAAAUGGUUUGGUGUAUUAGUUCCACAAAAUUUAAAAAAUAGUCAAAAACGUUUUCAGGAAUCUGUUUAUCUAGCCACAAAGAUAGCAAAUAUACAAGUGCAACUUGCCUCUGUAUUUUCUAAGCUUAAAACAUUGUAUACACAAAAACAUAAUUUACGUUGUCAAAGUGAUAUUACUAUUUAGUAAUUCUCUCUAUUAUAUGGAUUUUUAUAAAUUCCAUUAUAUGUUUAGAAAAACUUAGAAUAGUGGUUGUGGGAUGAAUUAUAUAUAACUCCACAUAUUCACAUGCAAUUAUAAUUGUAAUAAAAGAACAUUGUAUUCUUUCAGAUA